ACCUACUGUAGGUAUGCAAGACGCACCUGCAAGCCUUCUGCCCAGCUUGUCUCCCACAUCAACACUUUCGAUCACAUAGCGAGCAUCAUGUACAGCGUCAAAAAGCAAGAGGGCGUCAUUCCAAUCAUACUCGAUGCGGCUGCGAGGCCCAGCUCCAAGAUCUCCGAGUUCUUCGGUGACACUCUCAUUAACGAGCCAACCCCGAGUCCCGAGCGACGAAAGAUCGUGCGCAAGCGACACCGACGACCACAUCACGCAACCGCCGAGCCGUUCACGGCGCCUCAACGGAAGGACUUGCGUCCCCGCAGCCCAUCCAACAUUCUCAUCCAAAGCUGCGGUUUAUCUCGAUUCACAUGGCCCACAUCCCUCGGUCUCCUCUCCCUCAUCCUCUUCCUCCUCCCGCCUCCUUACCGCUUUCACGGCCUCACCACCCUCACCACCGCCCUCUUCAUCACCGACGUUGUCCUCUUCAUUCUUUUUUCGCUGCUCAUGCUUUGCUGCUCCUUGGUUCAUUCCAAGUGCUGUACUAGGCCGCGCCAGCUAUGCCCUGAAUUAACUUCUAACGCCAGCAAGUUGGGGGCUCUCGCUUAUUGGCCGAUGGCGUGGCUUACGUUGGUGGCUUUUGCUGUGUUUCUUGCUGGGUAUGGUGAUGACCGGCUUCAGGCUGAGCAUUGGAGUGGAAAGGGGAAUGCUGAUGGAGGAGGGGAAAAAGAGCUGAGGAGGCGUGUGUUGACGAUGAUUGCUUAUGUGAUGUGGUGGGUUGGGGUGGUGUGGAUGACGGGCACGAUGGUGUUUGUGAUGGGAAUUUUAAUGGGGGUGGUGGGAGGGCAGAGUGAGCGGUGGGUGUUGAGGAAGGGACUCAACGUUAGAGGAGAAGAAGAGAAUGAGGUGAGGGUGGUGUUGCCGGGAUGUAUGCUGACUUCGGCUUUUGGGAUGGGGCUGUUGGCAUUAGUAGGAGGACUGUUGGUGUCGGUGUUGGUGAGGUUGGGAACGUUAUCAGUGGGCAUGGCGACUCCGGUGUUGGUGUUGUCGUUUUGUGUGGAAGGAGUGGCGCUCUUCACCACGCUAUUCCUGUUUGCGGUGCUGCAGCAGGAGAUGAUACAGGUGGAAGGAUGGGCGUCCGUCCACUUGAUCAAGCUUUCGUUGUGGAUGAUGGGGUCGGCGAGUGUUUGUGCCGCGGCGGUACAGAUGCUCGGAAGAGCAGUGGAGGACGUCAGUGCUAUUCUUGGUGGCGACGACACCCAAGCAAGAGCUUCAAGUGGGAACUUGUUCGGCACGCCUGCUACGGCGCAGGUUGCUCACGUGGUAUGCACCCUUCUGGCCUUGCUCCUCCUCGGCUUGGCCGCUCUCUGGCUUAUUGUCUCUCUUGUGGCAUUCGUGAGCUUUGCCAUCCACAGAAGACUGUCAUGGAAGGGGCAAUGCAGUGAUACUGUCAUUCCGGUGGCGGCGUUGGCGCUUUCCACGGUGCAGUUCAAGUCAGAGUUGAACUCGUCCUUCUUUGGCAUUGUCACUUGCGUGUUGGUGGUGGCCGCAGCUGCUUCUCUUCUGGUCAAUCUUGCCCUGUGCAUAAAGCAGUUGGUGAGUACAACGUUCUUGGCUUCGCUCGAACAGGAGUAG